UUUUUCUCCGUUUGACAAUUCUUAUCAAAGAGGAAACAAUUAAGGGUUUCAUUUCUCUGUUUUUCGAUAAUUGUGCUUUAGUAGGAAGUCAAACUUAAUUAAAGUCAUUAGUGCAAAGUGUCUCUAAGCUGCUAAAGAAUUGUAAACAUCACGAGUAGUUGUUUUCCACAUUUUCCCGGAAAAUGGCAAACGCGAAGGCUGCGAAAAUGCGUUUCAGAUAUAAAGGAAAGGUCCUAAAUUGGGAAACGGAUAUGACAAAAUUAACUAUUGAAGAACUGCAAUGGGUUGAGUACUUGGCUGAGUCCGCGAAGAACUUCACCAAGUUAUUCGUCAAAAAGAUGAACGGCCUCUGCUGUCAAAUAUGCAACACGAAUGCAAUGGCUGGCAAACAAUCAAUAGAUGCUCACAUCAACGGCAAGAAACAUCAGCGUGCAAUUGAAGUGGUCACUGAAUAUAGACACAAGACAUUCAAAAAUUUGGCGGAUGAAGAAGCAGCGAAGAAACCUGCGGCGACGCCAGGACAGAAACCCGCCGCUGCGGAUGCUAAAGCAGCUCCGGGGACACCCGCGGCGGCUACAAAACCAGCUACGGCACCUCCAGCCAAUAAACCGGGUGCUGCAGCCAACAAGGCCACACCGGCCGCAGCGCCGACUAAACCUGCAAUAAAUAAACCCGCUGAGGCUACCCCAGCGGGAAAACCCACCCAAGGUGCAGGCCAAGUAAAAGGCACACCAGCUGCCGCUAAGCCUCCAGCGCUUGCAAAACCUGCAGGGAGUAGCGCUACUGGAGGCGCUGGAACUGCUGCCAAUAAACCGGCGGGAACUCUAACAACAAAACCUGCUGCUGGGGCUGCGACUCCCAAGGUAGCGCCUGGAGCUGCCAAAGCGGGGAUUCCAGCAAAGCCGAUUCCAGUCAAAACAGGAACGACCCCAGCAAAGGGCGCUGGAGCAACAACACCCAAGGCACCAGUCAGGCAAACGCUCGCUUCACUGAACGCGGCCAAGACAGCAGCACCUGCAAAGCCUUCACCAGUCGCAUCUACAAAUAAAGCUUCAGUUGGAGCUAAGGCCCUACCAGAAAAGAUUGAAGAUAAUGCCCAAGCAACUACUUCGUCGUCUGACACCAAUGCUCAGAUAUUAGACGUGAAAACAGAUGUUGUCUGCAGUCAGUCAAUGAUUGAAACUGUAGAUUUGCUAAGUGAUUCAGAAACGAAUUCUCCAAACAAAAAUGCUAAUGUGAGCGAUCCUGGAAAGCAAGCGGACAUGGGUGGAAUGGAUGAUGAGGAGAUGGAUGUUAUUACAUAUAACGAUAUGGAGGUUCUCGCCAUUAAUAAUUUGACCAUCGACGAGUUGAAACAACUCGAAUGUCGACGGGAUGACAGGGGUAUCUAUGCCAAAUUAAUUCUUGAAUUUGCAGGAGUGUUCAAAUGCAAUGCUUGUGAUGAAAAUAACAUCAAAAAUGAGGAAGCAUUGAAGGCACAUAUAAGUACAGAAAGACAUAAGCAAAAUGUUUCGGAAGUUGCUGUGAAAAAAACCAAUGCUUUAAAAAAAUUGGUGCAAUCACGAAGUCUGAAAGAAUUGGAGGGUCAGAAAGGGGAAGGUGAUACCCUAAUUAUCGGUCCUAUGUCUUUGGAGCAAUUCAGAAUAAAGCACGUUUUCCUCGAUCAGGAGGAUAUGAUGAAGGUUGAAUAUCGACAUACUUCGCCGAUUUGGUAUAGCUUGAUAUGUGAACAAAGUUCCUUGUUCAGGUGUGCUCUCUGUCAGACUCCGUACAUGAAAUAUACGAACAUCGUGGAACAUGUGCAUGGAAGAAGACAUUUGACCAAUUCCAGAAUGGCACAAGAACUACAUCACCCUGUGUAUUGCAUUGCUCCGGAUCGCGCAGUUAAUUUUGCUGAAGACACGGAAAUGCCGAGUCCAAAAAAAGAAAAGCCUAAAGGCAAGGAAAAUUUAGUGCUGAAUCCGAUGGCGGUAUUGAAAGGAUCAAAUCAGAAUAAGCCACAAGUUCCAGAGCUGCCUCCCGGGCAAAAGUUCCCCACGGUUAUUUCACGUCAGAGAACCGAAGGUGAUGCUGGUCAGGCAGGAAAAUCACAAUUGGGUAAACGACCGGCACCCACAACUCACCCCGGCUUACAACCACCUUCUAAACAAGCGAAAGGACCAUCAUUUGCAACUAAAACAUUCACCAACAAACCAGACGAUGAUAAAAAUAUCGAAGGCUACAUAGGCGUAGAGUACGUCGUAAAAAUAUUACAAAAUGCUACAGAUCCUUCUCCAAGGUUUGAAUGUUGUCUUUGCGAAGUGGAAUCCGAUGGGUACGGGAUGCAAGCACAUUUAAAGAGUCUGCAACAUCGUUUGAAGUAUUUGGAUCGACAUUUUCGUACAUGUAUGCGGGAAUUCGAAAGUUUCCGCAACGAUCCAACCUGCAAAAAUGUUCUAGCUGAAGUCGUCCGUCGUGUAUCAAUUGCAGUUGAAAGAUAUCAUGGUCGCGAUUUGCCGUACGAAUGCCUACAAGAGGAAUAUCGACUUAAUCGCCCCGAAAUUAUGGCAAAAGUUUUUUCAUUCCGUCACCCAUCUGAGAGUUCUGGCCCAUCAAUGGUGCAUGUUAUUGAUAAAAUGACAUUGCAGGAUAUGCUCCAGAACAGAAGCACUUUUGGAAAUGCUCAGCCCGAACCGAACCACACGAUGUCAUUCGACGCCGGCAAUGUAAUGAACCCGACACCUCAUGGAUUUAAUGAAGGUAAUCAAUAUCUUGAUGUUGACGAGCAUAGAAGAUUGGUUGAUCAAUUUCUGCGGAAUACGAGCAUUGACAACAUGGAUCGUCGUCGAAGAUCCCGGUCAAGAGGACGAUCUCGAUCGAGGGGACGUUCUCAGGGCCGUUCAUUUGAUAAUCGGAUGAACCUGGGCCGAUCAAGACGAUCGAGAUCCAGAUCAAUGGGUCGCAGGCGAUCACGUUCGGGUGACAUGUGGUCAACUUACAAACGCAUGUUUGAUCACGCGGUCCGUGAUCUUGAUACAGACUACAAGCGCUUCGAACGUGAUCCGGAAACGCAUCCGCUGUAUCAAAAAGAAUGGAAAAUCUUUUGGCAAAAGCGAUCAGAGGAAUUGGCUAAUGAUGGCAGAGAUCCUACAAACUACGAUUUUCAACCUGAGUGGAUUCUUUUCUGGACACGUCGCAUGGAUCAAAUUUACGAGGAGGAAGUUGACAACUUGAAAAUGAAACUAAGGGAUCGUUUAAAUCUACCCUAUCAUAACCACGAUCUCAAGGAUAAGCGUUAUCACAUUGGUAAUCAACGCCAACCGACUAGUGCUUUUUCACAGAUUCGUCAAAGUAUGGAUAAUAUGGGAGGUGGAGACUCAAAUAUGAUGGGACCUAGAGGACAGCCCUCCAUGGAUCAGAAUAGGGCAACUAACAUCGGUCCAAAUGGACCACCGAUGAUGGGUCCAGGUGUUCCACAGAUGAUGGGUCCAGGUGGACCUCAGAUGAUGGGCCCAGGUGGGCCGCAGAUGAUGGGACCGAAUGGACAGCAGAUUAUGGGACCUGGUGGACCGCAAAUGAUGGGCCCGAAUGGAUCACACAUGAUGGGCUCGAAUGGGCCACACAUGAUGGGUCCGAAUGGGCAGCAGAUGAUGGGUCCAAGUGGGCAACAAAUGAUGGGACCAGGUGGACCGUCUAUGAUGGGACCUGGUGGCCCUCAUAUGAUGGGCCCAGGAGGAGAUAAUAUGCCAUUUAACAUGAAUCAAAUGCAACCUAAUGUGGGUCUAUUUAAUAUGCCACGACAAAACAUGGGCCCGGACGCGCAGCAACAAUUCAAUAUGCCGCCCCAAAAUAUGGGUGAGUUCAGAAUGCAACAACAAAACAUGCCUGGGACACGUCCGGGUCUGCAAGGCAUGAAUCAAAAUACACAAGGCGGUCCCGCUCAAUCGAAUGUUGCGCAUGGAGUGAAAGCAACCCCAUCAAAAGAAACUACCGAUAAUCGUGAAUCAAUUCGAGCACAGCAACAACGCAAUAUUCGUCCUUUGAUGCCUGAAACAGAAGCAAGUCGACAACAGCAGCACCAGCAACAAGCACGCUCGAAUGUGCAACGUGGAAAUGUCGAAGAACAGGAACAUAGAAAGGAUCAAUCACCAUUAGGUAGAAAUAUGCGGGGCAAUCAACAAAUGGUCGGGAAAGAGAAACAACGAAUGGAUGACACAGCAGAUCGUGACGAAUCAAUUGAAGGUCCAUUAAAUAUGGUAUCUGUUCUUCGGCUGUUAACUGCACUCGAAGAUCACUUGGGAAUUCUAGGACCCAGGGUUGUUGAUUUAAUGUCAAAAGCCCUCACUUAUGAAAAGGCAAAACCGGGCUCUGCCGAUAAAUCUCUUCUAACUCACGAGAAUGCAGUAUUUCUGGAAACUGUACGAGAGAAACUUCGUGGACAAAUCGUCGUGGGAGUUCUGGACAAAUCAAAAACUCGUGCCGUGAAUAAGGCAAUCAAAGAUGUAACAGAGCUCUUGAACAAAAACGUCCCAAUUGAUCCACCGCCAGUCAUUGAGCGAGUAGAGGUAUCCAAGCCGCCAUCAAUAUCGGCACCUGCCCAAACAUCUCAGCAAGCUGCUUCUGUGAAUGAUGCUGAAGAAAAACGAGAUCUAGCCAUUAAAUUGGCAGCAGCCUUGGCAGCACAAGGCAAAACUAAUGUCACAUCAGAGCAAUUAGAACAAUUGAUUGCUGUCUACUCGCUAAUUGAGAAAAAACAGAAGGAGAGCAGCAACGAACCAAGGAGACAAAAUUUGUCUGAUCUAUUGGUCAACUCGCUGAAAGAACCGGCUGCUUCCGCAUCGAGACAAAGUGGUGGUUUUAACGAUGACAGAAAUUUCUCGAAUACUUUUGAUAAUUCGCGCAGGCCACAGCAGCAGCAAAUGCACCAAAAUCCGUUCUCUGGUUCGAUGAAUACAAACCAAAGUAAUCAGAUGUCCGGUAGAUCAUUCCAAUUAGGAGGCGGAAAGAAUAACAUGGGAAGCAACUCGAACCAGAACCUAUCAUCAACUCGUUCAAGUUUCAUGGGAUCUUCAUUUGGACUGUCCAAUUUCGACACUUCUCUAUCUUUAUCCAACUUACCCCCAUUGAGUUUCAGCCGCCAGCAAGAUUCCAAUAAUUCCAACAGGCAACAAAGUAAUAAUGACGACAAUAAUCAGAAUACACCAGCCUACAUGACAAAUAUGGCUCGAGGCGGAAACAAGAGCGGUAACAGGCAGGAUAUGGUAUCAUAUCCAAGUGUUUGGCAACGCGGAAGCGGAGUUGGCAGUAACAUUGGAGGAGGUGGCGGCGGCGGCGGCAGCGGCAGCAGCAGUGCGAAUUCUAACAUUGGAUCUCGAAACCAAGGUGCAGGACAGCCAAUGCCAAUGGGGUGGCAACAAAACGAGAACCGAAGAGGUAAUAACAAAAACAACAGAAACAAUAUGGGCCAGAAUCGCGGUAGACGUUAAAACUAUAACUUGUACUUUGAUGUUUUGUGUGAAUUGAAUUCCCCAAUAUUUGUAUAAGUAUGAAGAAUAAAUAUUACACCGCUCAUUUUCUUUCUGCUCACUAAAGGCAGUCCACAUUAAUUAACGCAACCCUGUAGAAUUGUUGUGAGUGAAUUUAAUAAAGUAGUUUUGGCCCAAA